CCUCAGCCUCCUUUUAUGGACAUCUACGUCACGACAAGAGUGUAUAUAAGAGCAGGGAAACCUCGCAGCUCUUAGAGAGAGCUCUGAGAGCCCACAUGAGCAACAGUUAGAACAGCGACACACAGAAGUCCCUGCCUGAGAAAUAUCACUACAAAAGUGAAACAAAAAAGUCAAAACAACAACCAUAGAAGACAGUCAGAGCCUGAUUGGAAAGGUAGCCUUAUUUAAUGUAAAAAAAAAAAAAGAUUGAUCAAUUUUGAUUAAUCUUAGGAGAUGAGUGUAGAGGACUGAAUAUUUAUUUUCUUGCUGAAAAUACGAGUGGAUUUUUCUCAUCUCUGAGAGGAAAAGGAAAAAACAUCUACUGGAGAAGAAGAACUACGGAGCAAGGUCUUCCACUGCAUCGGCUGAAGUGUUGGGCUAAGUGAUCUCCUCCACCUGUGAGGCACUGCUCUGCCAGCACACACAGCGAUUCCGAAGCAGCCACCAGCGCAGCCUCAGCACCAGCAGAGGAUGGCUGCAGCCAAGACCGAGAUGAUCCUCCCUACCCUGCAGAUCUCAGAGCCUCUGAGCUUUCCUCACUCCCCCAUGGAUAACUAUCCCAAACUGGAGGAGGUGAUGAUGCUCACCAAUGCAGGGACCCCCUUCCUCUCUGCCUCCGCACCCGAGGGUGCAGGCUUUGGCUCCGGGGAACCAGGGGAGCAGUAUGACCACCUUCCUGGAGAUACAUUAUCUGAUAUCCCCUUCUCCUGUGAAAAGUCUAUUGGGGAGCAAACAUAUCCCACCCAGAGGCUGCCUCCUAUAUCCUACACUGGCCGUUUCACCCUUGAACCCGCCACCACAUGCAGCAACAGCCUCUGGGCGGAGCCCAUCCUGGGGCUGUUCACCGGCCUUAUGGGCAAUGUUGCACCUGCCUCCAGCUCUUCCUCAGUUUCCUCACAGACCUCCUCGUCCUCCUCGUCAACCAUCCCAUCCUCAUCCACUUCUUCCUCCUCAACCUCUUCCACAUCUCAAAGCUCCAGCCUCAACACCUCAAUCCACCACAGCGAACCCAAUCCAAUCUACUCAGCUGCCCCAACAUACUCCAGCCCCAACUCCGACCUCUUUCCAGACCAGAGCCAGGGUUUUGUCAGCUCAGCCGGAUCAGUGCAGUACCCACCGCCUGCAUACCCUAAUAGCAAGACAAGUUUCCCUGUGCCAAUGAUUCCUGACUACCUCUUCCCCCAGCAGCAGGGGGAGAUCAGCCUGGUCCCUCCUGACCAAAAACCCUUCCAGAGUCAGUCAAACCAGCCCUCACUUACUCCUCUGUCAACCAUCAAGGCCUUCGCCACUCAGACGGGUUCCCAGGACUUAAAAACUGUCUACCAGUCCCAGCUUAUAAAGCCCAGCCGCAUGCGCAAGUACCCCACACGGCCAAGCAAGACGCCACCACAUGAAAGGCCCUAUGCUUGCCCUGUGGAGACCUGCGAUCGUCGCUUCUCACGGUCCGAUGAGCUGACUCGUCACAUCCGCAUUCACACCGGUCAGAAACCCUUCCAGUGCCGCAUCUGCAUGCGAAACUUCAGCCGCAGCGAUCACUUGACAACGCACAUCCGCACUCACACAGGUGAGAAGCCCUUUGCCUGCGAGAUCUGCGGACGCAAGUUUGCCCGCAGUGAUGAGAGAAAGAGGCACACAAAGAUCCACCUCAGGCAAAAGGACAAGAAGGCAGAGAAGGCUGGAGCUGCCGUGGUAACGUCAGCGCCAGCAUCUUCUGCCUCCCCCGCCUCCAGCUACCCCUCUCCCAUCACUUCUUACCCCUCGCCAGUAUCUUCCUACUCCUCUCCAGUGACCUCCUGCUACUCCUCUCCCGUCCACACUUCCUAUCCCUCUCCAUCCAUCGCCACCACUUACCCAUCGGCGUCCAUGUCCACCACCUUCCAGUCUCAAGUCGCCACCUCAUUCCCUUCAUCAGUUGCAUCCAACAUCUACAGCUCUCCGGUGCCCACGCCACUUUCAGACAUGCACAGCACCGUCUCCCCGAGGACAAUCGAGAUCUGCUAAAAACAGAGCAGAGAGAAAAACUUUUUGUACUCUCAAUGCACUUCUCCUUCUGCAAGGUUUUCAUUUUAGGGAGAAAAAUAAAUCAGUAUCAAAAGGACUUCUUAUUUCCCUCCCCCUAAAAGCACUUUUUUCCCCUCCUGGGUGUAGUGCAGGUAAAUCUUGAGAUUUGUCUGAAAGAAACUACGAAACAAAACAAAAAAAACAUGUCAAGGACUGGGCAAGGACAGUACAAUGUUUAAAGGGAUUUUAUACCGUCUCUUUAAAAAACUGCAGCCCUUCAGAUGCAUAUAGGACUCUAGAGACAAACAGAAAACAGCUCUGGCGGGUCUGUGCUAUCAGGUACCCAAAAAACAAAACAAAUAAACCUAAAACAAGAGACAGACGGAUUCCUCAGGCACGUUCGUGCUUGAGGCAUUUAUACAAAAGACAAUGAAUGAUAUACAUAAGCUAUCAAAUAUGUAUAUUGUACAUGUGCCAUGUUUUGUUUUUAUCACUCCUUGGUACCACUGAUGUGAACAAUUAUUUGCAUUGUAUUAUUUGAAGUGAGCAGGGCCAUAUUUUCUACAUACUUUCUCUAUUAUGUAGUGAUGAUGCUGUGAUUCGUUUUGACAUUUUUUGAGAUAAAAAAAGAAGCACUUAAGUAUUCGAGCAUGAGUAAGAGUGAUGUUAGUUUUUGUUGUAAAUAUCAUCCACUGGUACUAUCUCUUUCUCACAUGUGACAUAUCGCUUGGUUAUAUUAAAAAAACUGAGAAAUGGAAAAAAAAAACCUGAAAAAAAAAUCUUAAACAGACAAAUGCUCCUGUUAUUUGGUGCCUUUCGUGAAGCCUUGCAGAUUUUGUAACUCGGCUGAGUGUGAGAGUGGAUGCACUGCAUCUCGCCUUAAGUGUUAAGGGAAUAUUUUUGUUACAAAAUGUACGCACUCAGAGGGAGAAAGAAAAAGGGACGAGCUAUGAGGGCACCGCUUCAUUUUAUCAGAAUGUAAGCAAAAAAAAAAAAGGAAAAAAAACCUAAAGUAUAUUUUUGUAAAUGUAAAUAUCCACAUCUUCAAGAGCUGGAAUGUUGAAGUUACCUACUAAGUAGGCAUGGGAUUCUUUUGUAUGUUAUAUACAUGCAGUUCAUUAUUUUGUGGUUUACUUUAUUUUGUAUUUGUGUUUGUUUAAAUAAGUGACUGUUUCUGGCUUCUAAACACAUUGAAUGCGCUUAACUGCCAAUAGGAUAUUUGUUGUACAAGAUAUCCUUCCAGAAAUGAAAUAUAAAUAAAUAAAUAAAAAUAUGAAUAUA